AUUGUAUUGCAACUGGCAACACUAAUACCCGCAUCCUCAUUGCUCAGAAAUAAAACUACAUUUGACGGUUUGUCAGUUGACGUCUGGCGCGCUGUUCAGACAAACGUGUGUAUUUGUUUUUUUUGCGCUCGAAAUGCGCCUUCGGAAGUGACAUUUUUUAGUGUAAAAGUGUUCAAGAACUCGUGAAAAAUGUUGGCGGACGGCGAAGUUGUUGGUGACGGUUCAUGGAACCUCACGAUUUACGUGACAGAUCUAAACGAAAAACGCACAAUGGUCGUGAAAGGAGACAUGCACAUCGGCGGGGUAAUGCUGAAACUGACUGAGAGCUUCGGUAAAGAGUUCAAGAAAGACUGGUCAGACCACGCACUGUGGUGGCCCACGCGGAACAAAUGGCUAUCCCGGCCGAAGCACACAUUAGACCAGUACGGAGUCCACGCGGACGCGGCCCUACACUUCACACCCAUGCACAAACCACUCCGGAUCCAGCUGCCAGAUCUCAGAUAUAUCGACUGCAAGAUAGACUUCUCUAUCGACACUUUCAGCGCUGUUGUGCAACUUUGCAAGAGUCUCGGUAUACGUCAUCCAGAAGAACUGUCACUAUGCUAUCCCCUCGAGCCGUCACACCUAAAACAGAACUACCAGAAUCUGAAAGAAGCGAAGAGGAUAAAAAACCUGCAGCCGCCAGAUACGAACACGUUCAUAGCAGCCACUCGCGGCUCGUCGAACAGUCUGGACCGGUCGAAUGGACCGUGUCCCGCGACGCCGCCGCCGCCGAGGUCGCUCUCUGCGACCCCCGUUGCAUCACAACAGAACGGCACACUCCGCCGCUACGGCACGCACAUCUACAGCACGCAGAGCGACGGGUCAAGCGACGGUGGUUACUGCGGCACUCCCCCUCGCGCCGCCUCGCUCGACGCGCUUGACUCUCUUGCCGAGUUGUCGCUCGCUGACUCACCGCUGGAGCCCGACAGCCAGUCCCGGGAAUCCCUGCUCACGCCCAAAUCGCUCAUAGAACGCGCUAGAAUGAAUGUCGGUUGGCUCGACUCAUCACUGUCGAUAAUGGAGCAGUACGUGCGCGAGUGGGACACGCUGCAGCUGCGCUUCAAGUUCUACUCGUUCUUCGACCUGACGCCGCGCCAGCAGGACGCGCCGCGCCUCAACCAGCUGUACCAGCAGGCGCGCUGGCAGAUCCUCAACCAGGAGGUCAGCUGCACCGAGGAGGAGAUGCUGCUGUUCGCUGCGCUACAGUUACAAAUCGAGUUGCAAACUCUGGCGGGCGGCAGCGCGGAGCCGGCGGAGGGUUUCGCGGCGUCGGGCAGCGGCGCAGGCGCAGGCGCGGCGCCCGAGGACGAAAUCGACGCCGCGCUGUGCGAGCUGCAGGCGCAGCUGGAGGGCGGCCCGCCCGCGCGCCACGACAUCACGCACGUGCCCGAGCUCGCGGGAUACCUCAAGUAUCUCAGGCCUAAACGCUUCACGUUGAAGGCGUACAAGCGCGGCUGGGUGUCGUGUCGUGAUGGAGUGCUGCGCAUACACUCCUCGCAAGAGGCGGCCGCGAAGGGAGAACCGCCUUCUUACGCUGUCGAACUCCGUGGAGCUGAGGUGACCCCAGACGCCCACCCCGCUUCCGGUAGAUAUAGCAUCAAACUGGAAGUGCCCGCCGAAGACGCGAUGCACGAAAUGUGGCUCAAAUGUGAAAGUGAGGAGCAGUACGCGGAGUGGGUGGCGGCGUGCCGGCUGGGGUCGCGCGGGCGCUCGCUGGCGGACGCGACGUUCGGCGCGGAGGCGAGCGCGGUGCGCACGCUGCUGGCGCUGCAGCGGCCGCAGCCCGGCGCCGCGCCCGCCGCGCACCUGCCGCACCUCGACCAUCUGCAGCCCGACAACUACCUCGCGCCCAGAUACCUCAAGAAACUCAAGGGCAAGUUCACCCAACGCGUCUUGGAAAGCCACGCGAACGUGAAAGACCUGCCGUUACUAGAAGCCAAGCUGCAAUACAUCAAGACGUGGCAGAACCUCGCCGACUAUGGACAGACUCUGUUCGUUGUUCGGUUCAUGGGUCACCGCAAGGAUGAGAUCAUCGGCAUUGCGAACAACAGAAUCAUGCGACUCGACCCCAACACAGGCGACCAUAUCAAGACAUGGAGAUUUAGUACUAUGAAGGCAUGGAACGUAAACUGGGAGAUAAAGCACAUGAUGGUGCAGUUUGAAGAGGGUAACAUCAUAUUCUCCGUUCAGUCGGCCGAUUGCAAAGUAGUUCACGAGUUCAUCGGAGGCUACAUCUUCUUGUCUAUGCGUUCCAAGGACGCCAACCAAACCCUCGACGAAGAAUUAUUCCACAAGCUCACUGGUGGCUGGACAUAAGCCUCUAUAUUUAUAAAAAUAUCUAUGGUUUUGUAGUUAAACAUUGCAGAACUUUUACGAAAAAAAAAAACACCUACGUUAUGGUGAAUAUAAUUAAGUUUACAAAGUAAAAAAUUAAAUACCAAUGUAUUAUAAGAUAGUUUAUGUGCCUAUUAA